GGCCGCCGCCAUGGGGAACGGGAUGAACAAGAUCCUGCCCGGCCUGUAUAUUGGCAACUUUAAAGACAUUAUAAAAGACAGUCCUGUCUGAGUCCAGACCUGUCCCUGCUUUUGACAUAAAGGUCAAGAAGUAUCAGGCGGAUUCCUCUGUCUUCAGUAGUAAAUGCCAGAGAUGCAGAACAAUUGAGCAAGAACAAAGUGACACAUAUUCUGUCUGUCCACGAUAGUGCCAGGCCUAUGUUGGAGGGAGUUAAAUACUUGUGUAUUCCGGCAGCGGAUUCACCAUCUCAAAACCUGACAAGGCAUUUCAAAGAAAGCAUUAAAUUCAUCCACGAGUGCCGACUCCGCGGGGAGGGCUGUCUCGUGCACUGCCUGGCCGGCGUCUCCAGGAGCGUGACACUGGUGAUCGCGUACAUCAUGACAGUCACUGACUUUGGCUGGGAGGACGCCCUGCACACGGUGCGUGCGGGCAGAGCCUGUGCCAACCCUAACCUGGGCUUCCAGAGGCAGCUUCAGGAGUUUGAGGAGCAUGAAGUUCACCAGUACCGGCAGUGGCUGCAGGAAGAGUAUGGGGAGAGCCCUCUGCGGGAUGCAGAAGAAGCCAGAAACAUUCUGGGUAAAUAUAAAGAGCAAGGGCGCGUGGAGUCCCAGCCUGGUGCCCGGCGGUGGAGCAGCUUUCCGGUCCUGCCCGCUCUGGCCUACAGUCACUAUACGACGGAGACCUGACCCGGCGCUGGUGCCUCCUUCCCGCUGCUUGUCUCCGCUGCUCCACGAAUUCUGAAGAGCUGGGCCUUCCUCAGAAGACUGUCACGUACCUGAAGUUUCUGAAAUGUUGCAAAGCCACAGAGUUUAGGCCGGUGCUGCCAAAAAGAAAAGCAACCUAGAGUUUAUUUUUAAGUAUCCAGAAAUGAUUUGUAAACAUGUUUGUUUUUCAUUUUAAACCAAAUACGUGUGUAAUCAUGUUGUAAUAUGUUGAGAACCAAGGAGAGUCUUCAGCAAGAAGAAAUACUUUUACCUUAACUUCACUGCUGUGGCAAUUUCUUUACCUUACUUUGAUGCCUGACAGAUGAUCGCAGGAGCCGCGUUGUGCUGUCUUGGUUACUGUUUAGUGACCCCGAUCACGUCUCGGGAACACUACCCAGCGGGAGCCUGGCACCGGCGAUCCUGCUGCGUGAACUCUGCCCACGUGUUCUUAAAUUCCCCAGCUUGGAAGUGUCUCUUGGUGUGUGUUUUAGUCAUGGUUUGUGUUCUUCAUGGUGGAAUUUACCAAAAGCUACACAUUGUUGUUAAUAAAAUCACUUAGCCAAGUUGAA